AUGGCAUUUAUACGCAAACUUUCAAAUCUCGCAGUAGUGGCUUCUGCAGCGGUGACUUUUUCAGGAGCGUAUAUAGUCUACAACAGCCGAAGAUUGCCCGCACAUGCCAGCGGCCACCGCGCCGGCGUUCUAGGGGAACUCGACCGGCUUCUUUUCGAACCAUCCUCUGUGCAGUGGGAUUCGAACUGGGAUUUGCGGGAGACAGGCACCAAGAAACCUAGAAAAAAGGAUAGUGGAAUAGUUGAAAAUGACGUCGAAGGAUCCAAGGAGAUAAAACCGACAGGUAUAAGGCAUCUGGUGUUCAUAAGGCACGGCCAGUACUACGACAGCGCCAAAAAGGAUGAAGACAAGCGACUGACAGAGCUGGGAAGGUAUAGAAAGAACGUUUUAUUUGUAAUACAUUAUAAAUAUGACUUCAUGUUAAUUUUUGACUUCAUAAGGUCUCUUCACACGCUAGUUAUCAGAUCACAACCAUCGACGCUUUGAUGAUGAGUCACAACUGCUCACCCCAGAUCAGGUAUUGCGUAACGCAAUCAUCUCAAAAGACGCGACACUUCAUUCAAAUAUGUUGAGUUAGCCUUCUUGGGAAGGCUGUGCGGAAAGGACAAUAUCAAUAUCAAUCCCUAAUCGCCCAGAAUGCCAUUGUUUUUGACGACAUGUACAGGUUCUACAGUUUCAGCCGGUAAAUUUGCGGCGAACGGCGCGAAGGAGAAGUCUAUAGACCUUGUCACGGUUUUCGACGCCAUCUUGACGAGUAGGCAAACGCAUGAGAAAUUACAGUGAUUGUAUGAGAAUCUAAUGUCGAAUAAUUUCCAUAGAACGGCUGUUCUGAAAAAAAUAGCUAAAGCUUCACUCCUAAGGAUUCUCCUGAAAAAGUUUGAGGGCGUUACAUGCACUAGAAGACCUAGAACCACUUUUUAAAAUUUUCUAUACAUUUGUCUGUAAGAAAGUCCCGGGAAAAUUGAAGACAAAUAUAUGGAAAAUCUAAAGCAAGCCUCUGGAGAAAUUUAAGCACAGGUAUGCCUCCCAAUUUUUUUAGGGCAAUCCUUUGCUUUGUAGCUUUAGUUUACAAUUGAUAUUUUGUUCAGAACUGCGGAAAUUAUUCGACAUCAGAUUCUCAUACAAACACUGUAAUUUCUCACACGUUUGCCUACUCGUCAAUAUGGCGUCGAAAACCGUGACAAGGUCUAAUCACGGAAGUGAUUAUUCAAAUUUAGACCGGUUUGUUAUUUCCCAUGCGAAAUUUAAGUUCGACAUGUAAGUUCGCCGUUGUCAUUCAAGUUUCUGAGUCGAAGGUUUGUGAGAAUGGUAGGUAAAUGUCAUGUUAUUUUUUUUAUUGAAAGCUGGAUUUUGCGACCUUUUUUGCCAAUAUUUUCUCCUGUAACUUGACACAAAACUUUUUUUUAAAAAAAACAACAAUAAAAGCCAUAUGGGUAAGAUUUCUGCACAACCCCAUACAGCAGCCUCAUACUAAUUCAGUGACUAUGUAGAGUCGAAACAUGUGUGCGUAAUAAAACAAUGUAUGUGGCUGUACGGGACCUUAGCGCCUUAUGCUUUAACUCUUGUGAAGAGUUCUUAGGUAGAGAAAAAUUCAACAUUGAAAUAUUUCUCAGUACCAUGCGCGUACAUGAGAAUCCUUAAAAUAGACCAAAUUUGAAUAAAAUUUGCAUCCAGUUUCACUUGUGGUAAAGCUUCAGAGAAGUUCUUAUAUUUUAGUUCCAUUAUCUCCAAAAGCCAAAUGCUAACUUUUUAUAAGCGAUAGUAUUUAAGUUGUCAGCUUGAAGAAUAUACAUUAUAGCUGCCAUGAUAAACUUAUUUUUCUGAUCAGCACUAACAAUAGACGCACAACUUAAAUACGAUGCAUCGCAGCCGAGUACAUCGAAUCUAAUGUCAGCUGAGUCUUUUGGGCAUAUUAUAAUAAUAUAGUCUACAAUCUUGCCUGUAUCGCUGUAAACCUCAAAGAGUUAAAUUGUAUUAAAGUUGUGCGUCUAUUGUUGGCUUCUCUCUCUGAAAAAAUCCAGGAUCUGCCCUUGUAUACUUGUAUACCUUAUUGCCCAUUAUGGAUCUCUUCAACUUCUUGGGAUAUUUGAUCCUUUGUCUCUGUAUAGUUUUGUAGUUGUCCCCUCCCAGUACAAGUAUGUAUUGAUUGCUAUAAUUAUUCUGUUUUGUCUAUUUCCAGAAUACAGGCAAAUCAAACUGGUCAGAGACUUCAAAGUCUUAACAUCAAGUACACCAAAUUAGUUUGCUCCACCUUAAUUAGAGCAACAGAAACAGCAGACAUCAUUGCUCAACAAUUACCUAAUGUGCCCAGGGAGACAUGUGACUUGUUAAGGGAAGGAGCACCUAUUGUUCCUGAACCUCCUUCCUCUUCAAACUGGAGACCUGCUAAAAGGGUGAGUAGCUCAAAACCUGGCCCUGGUUGUUCAAACAUUGGAUAGUGCUAGCCACUGGAUAAAUCACAAUCCAGUGAUUAAGUAUUACGGGUAACAAUGCAUUAUUCACUGGAUUGAAAUUUAUCUAGUGGAUAUCAUUAUCCACUCUUUUAGCAAAUGGGGUUAGAGGCCAAGUUACAUGUUUAUGGCACUAGCAAUAGGUAGAAGAUCCAGAAGUUGAGGUAAUAGUGGGUGGGGCAGGGAGGGGUGAGGGAGGGGGCUGAAAUGAAUGAAACAGAGAUGCCUGCACUUUGGAACACUGUUUUCUAUGCGGAAAAAGGGAGGAAUUUCAAUAAUAUUAAGAGGAAAAAGAGUCAGAGGAACUACAUUGUGUGUGUAGUGUUCUUUCACUUCUUAAAUUGUAAACCAGGUACAACACACAUCUAUCUUCAUUCUUUUACCUGUUAAGCUGAAAAAAUAUCAGAACUCCUUCCGUGAUCAGAGCUGUCAUUAAGGGCCGUAACCUGUAACACCUGUUGCGGCUGAGCUCACUUGAUGUUACGGGUGAUCAAAGUGGAAAGCAAAAGGUGGUAUUAUAAAUUUUGUGAGAUGUUACAUGUGAAUCUUGAUUUGCUACAGCUGCUUCAAAACUUAAUGUCAGCCCUGCUGAUAAAUAAAACUCUAGAAAUAUUACUCUUAUGUCAAAACACUUAGUCUUGGACAAAUUGUGGUUUCAAGCAAUGGAUCUCUCAGCUGGGUCUGAAUUAACAGCUGUGUCAGUUUCGGUAAAAUAAAGUAAGCAAGGGAAAUAUUAUUAUAUAUUAGUCACUAGGUAAUGUGAGAUGACCUUCAUAUUAAUUUCUAAAAGGGCCAUUGGCUUGAAAACUCCUAGAGCACAUUGUCAAUAGAUUAUUAUUUUGUACAUAAACCAUUACUUCUCUUCUUUUUUACUGACUGUCUUGUGUAACUUAUUUUUUUAAUUUUUGAGGAGUUUUUCCAAGAUGGCCCGCGUAUCGAAGCAGCAUUUAGGAGACAUCUUCACAGAGCAGAUCCAGACCAAGUUGGUGAUAGUGUUGAAAUCUAUGUGUGUCAUGCUAAUGUCAUUAGAUAUUUUGUAUGCAGGUGAGAUAUUUAUGAUUUAUAAUAAUAGAAAUACUAUAGGGAUAAAAUAUACUGUUUGCUCUGGGUCAGUUUUUUUUUUCAUUGUUGCAUUUUUUACUUUUCUUUGCAUGUUUUUUGAAACUUGAUUUCACUUAUUACCAUACCAACAAGCAAAGAAAAAGAGCCUGUCCUCUGAAAAAAUCGAACUUAACACUGUUGUGAGCAUAUUUCUGCAACUCAAGCAGCAAUAGAAGAACCAAACCAGUCACUAUGCAUGGAAACUGCUAGCCUUGUGCUUGGUUUAGUUGUCAGCUUCUGUUUCAAAAUCUGAUAAUUUAGUUUGGAUUAGACCGUAAACAACAGAGUUUUACAAAUUUAUGGCAGAGUCAGAGGAAAAUGGAAAUUUACUGAUUCUGGUAGCUUCUAUUCCACUGAGCUUAUUACUCAACUUACACUAGGUCGUAAGCACUCUUACAACUCUGAUUGUGAUUGUGACACAGGCUUUUGAGUCUUGUAAGGGAAAACCAGCCCUUAUACCCUACAAUGGUAUAUAUAAUUCAAGACGGCAGUGACAAUAAUCUGACACAGCAGAGUUAGCACUUUAUCUGAACAACAGACUGUGAUUCAAGAACACCAUUUACAGUGGGACUACUGUAACCAGGGCCACAAUAGACAAAGUUGAUUAAUAUUACAUUUAAAUAACAAUACAUUCCGAGAAAGUUGGUUGAGGACCAAUCAGCAGCUCGUAAAAAAAAGAACAUUGAGUUACUCAAAGGACAAAAUUUAAAUAUCAAUAGAAUACAUUUUUCAAGAAAGCAAAAUGUUUUACCAGACACUGUUUUUGUAUUCAAAACAUUACAUACAACACCUAGGAGAUAUAUUUGCUUGACCUCGUAUUUGUCAUCUAACAGCAAUUUCUUCACUACCUUUGCCAUGCUUUGCAAUAACAUGCGACCUCAAGACAAAAAUAUAACUAACAUUUACAUUUUUUGGCUCUGUCAUUCACUCUAACAGACCUCUCAGGAAACACAGGCUUUCUUCAGUGGGUUCAAAAGGUGACAUCUGUAGGUUGUUAUUGGCUGGUUUCCAUCCAUGUUGGUUUCAUUCCAUGGUAAUUAUGAUUGACAACUUAACUUUCUCGGACUGUAUUGUUAUUUCCUUGUAAUCUGAUUGGUCAACUUUGUCUAGGUAGCCCGUGUUAUNAUAUAUAAUUCAAGACGGCAGUGACAAUAAUCUGACACAGCAGAGUUAGCACUUUAUCUGAACAACAGACUGUGAUUCAAGAACACCAUUUACAGUGGGACUACUGUAACCAGGGCCACAAUAGACAAAGUUGAUUAAUAUUACAUUUAAAUAACAAUACAUUCCGAGAAAGUUGGUUGAGGACCAAUCAGCAGCUCGUAAAAAAAAGAACAUUGAGUUACUCAAAGGACAAAAUUUAAAUAUCAAUAGAAUACAUUUUUCAAGAAAGCAAAAUGUUUUACCAGACACUGUUUUUGUAUUCAAAACAUUACAUACAACACCUAGGAGAUAUAUUUGCUUGACCUCGUAUUUGUCAUCUAACAGCAAUUUCUUCACUACCUUUGCCAUGCUUUGCAAUAACAUGCGACCUCAAGACAAAAAUAUAACUAACAUUUACAUUUUUUGGCUCUGUCAUUCACUCUAACAGACCUCUCAGGAAACACAGGCUUUCUUCAGUGGGUUCAAAAGGUGACAUCUGUAGGUUGUUAUUGGCUGGUUUCCAUCCAUGUUGGUUUCAUUCCAUGGUAAUUAUGAUUGACAACUUAACUUUCUCGGACUGUAUUGUUAUUUCCUUGUAAUCUGAUUGGUCAACUUUGUCUAGGUAGCCCGUGUUAUAGUAGUCUCACUGUAACUUAUGUAUUAUUUAUUCACUAACUUGAUUUCAUUAGAUUUGCAUGACUGCUGCUAAAAUACUUGAUUGAAGGUCUAUAGAGAAAAUACCAGAAGUACAAGGUCUUAUCAACAGAAGAUUUUGUCUGAAGAGUGCUGCACCAGUUGUGUAGUACAAAGUCGUAAUUUUAAAGUAAUAAAAUGCCAAGUCAAAUCUUCAGUUGUUAAGACAUUCAAUAGGCCAUUUCCAAGUGCUCUGGGGCCUCUGUAGCAAACUGAGCUUAAGUGCUCAGCCUUUGAUAUAGAAAUUAUUUUUCAUUCUCACGCAAAUAGAACUUAUUUUCACAAGAAAGGUUGUGCACUUGGCGUCAUUUUGAAAGUGAGGGUUUUUGGCACUCGGAAGCGGCCCAUUUCUGCUAGCCUGCGUAGCAGGCGUUGAAAGGGAUAGGGGAUAGGGAAAAAGGGAAAAGGGGAGGGGGGUAGGGUUGAAAGGGGUAGGGUAGGGGAAAAGGGAAAAAGGGAGGGGAGAGAGGGGAAGGGACGCCUGCUAUAAGAACCCCCUUUUAUUCAUUUCUGCGGACGCUGGCGUCCGCAAAUUCCUGAUUGGCUGAGCCAUAAUGAGUAACUUAAUGGCGUGUAUCCUGGUGUGUAUUAGUGCGUGAGACAAACAUGACGAAGGCAUCAAGAAAAUGUGUUCUACUGGGAUAAGCUUUGGGAGAUCAAAAUUACUCCAAUCAUGUAGCAACUUCACGUUAAAACACUAACUUAAACCAACUGUAACAGCUUGUUUAGCAGGCAGAGAUGCUUGGGAGGUUUUGUAUACUGGAUUUGUCCAUACACCAAGCAGCGAUUCAAAGCGAUUGCGAUGCCAGACAUAUUCAAAAGACCUCCUUUUUUGCAAAAACAUAUACCUUCUUGAAUGGAGUGUUAAAUGGUUUGCAAAGAGAGAGCUGAAGCUUUGGUAAAAACUAUCCGUUGAGCGUUUUGACAAUUGUUUAUAAUUCUCCUUUACUUUCAUUAUUCGCGUCUCAGGCUGGCCAGUGUUCUGUUCUUUGUGACCAUCAAGGCGCUUGAUGAGGUUGUAAGAUAAAAGGUCUUGUGUAUUCACACGAAACUGAUCAUUGUUUGUCGUAGACUGCGAACAGUAAAAAAAUGAGAGACUGCUCGUAGUCUAUGUUUGUCAUGUUUGCUGCGGGAGCAAGAACAGCAAAAAUGUUUCAUUUUGCUCGAUUAUGAUAUCACUGGAAAAAAGCGUCUCAACUUAACAAUUUCCGGUAAACAAAGUAAUUAUUAAAGUUCGGACCAUGCUGAGAAGCCCCGUACUUGUGAUUGGUCACGUAUUGACAGUGACAUUAUCGGAUUAGUUGAGAAAAUGGUGGGCGGAUUACAAAAACACCGGCUCUUAUAGCAGGCGCUCCCUUCCCUUUCCCCUCUUUCGUGCUUUUCUCCCUCCCCCUCUCCCUUCCCUUUUUGCGCCUGCCACGCAGGCUAUAUUUCUGCUAUUUAUUUAUUUAUUUAUUCAUAUAUUUCUGUUGUCAGAGUACUUCAGUUUCCACCAGAAGGCUGGCUGCGCAUGUCCAUUGGUCACUGUGGUAUAACAUGGGUAACAAUCCGACCUAAUGGCAGGGUGAGCCUAAAAUGUAUGGGUGAUACAGGGCAUAUAACUCCUGAAAAUUUGUCCUCAUGA